AUGCUUCUUGAAUCACAUUCCAUCAAAGCACAAUGUUGUCCUACUAAUAGUACUAAAGAAGAUAGCUACAUGGUAUAUGAUGUUACUUCUUAUUUGGACGAGCAUCCAGGAGGUGAUGAUGUGGUGCUUGCAGCGACAGGGAAAGAUGCAACCGAUGAUUUUGAAGAUGCUGGACACAGCAAAAGUGCGAAAGAGCUUCUGCGGACCUUUCGCGUUGAAGAGCUUGAUGCAUCCUCCACAAUCAUCCCUGAACUUGAGAUUUCCUCCAAGAAGGAAGCAACCAAUUACUCUCAGAAGCUCAUGGACUUGACAAAGCAGUAUUGGACCAUUCCUAUGGCAAUUGUUGGCAUCUCUGUGGUUGUUGGGUUCUUAUACCUGCGCAAGAAGUAAAGCAAUUGGGUUUUUCCCCUAUUGGCUGCUUAAAGGGUAUUUUUAUCCCAAAUUUUGGAUAAUUAGAUGGAUAAUGAUUAAGAACAUUUACCCACUGUUAUUUUUAAGAUCUGAAGGUUGGAU